AUGGCGCCGGUCGCGCAGCACACCGCCGGCAUCUACUCCGACAUGACGGUCGACGGGCCUAUAAUUGGCACGCUGGUCACCAUCAUCGACCGCGCGAAGAACCUACCGAACCGCCGUUCCAUGGGAAAGCAGGACCCGUACUGUGCUGCUCGACUGGGCAAGGAAGCAAAGAAAACAAACACAGACCGCCGCGGUGGACAGACUCCAAGAUGGGACCAGGAACUUCGAUUCACUGUCCACGAUUCGGCCGACUACCACCAGCUCAAGGUGUCUGUGUUCAACGACGACAAGAAGACGGAGCUCAUUGGAGAGACGUGGGUAAACCUCGAGGCCGUCAUCAUUCCGGGCGGCGGACAGAGCGACACCUGGCACGGUCUCAAUUGUAGGGGCAAAUAUGCCGGAGAGAUCCGCAUCGAGCUCACAUACUACGACACGCGUCCAAAGGAGGAUAAGACACCAGCAGUGCAGAAACAACAAAGCGCAAGGCCCGGCGGAAGUCCUGCGGUUGGCGGACCACGCGAAAGCACACCCGUCAAGCGGAGGCCGCUGCCUUCAGAUCCCACAGGAGCUUCACCUUCUCCAGUAAAUACCCCAGAGCAGCGUGGAUUAAGGGGGAUACAGGCAGGCCCUCGUAGCUAUGGCAGUCCUCGCCACGAGCACACGCCGAGCAAGUCACGGUCAAGCCAGCACGCAGACACACCUCCACGCAGGCCGUUGCCGGGCGCCUCAGCUUUGUCCGAGACGCCACCACCAAAGCAACACACUCCACAGCAUCAGCAGCCACCGGCACCGCGGCCGGCUGACCAGGAGGCAUACCACACACCGCCGCCGAACCCGCGUUCGUCCAAUACAAACCUACCGCAGUACAACGAAGCUGGUUAUGACCUUUCGUAUGCUGCCCCCAAGCCGUAUGAAGUGCAGCCAAUCGACCCACACCCGGGGCAUCGAGCUAUGUCACAGGAGAACUUCAGAUCAUCCCGCCGGCAAUCGUACAAUCCUCCGGAGCUAGCACACUCAUACUCUGCGCCUGCCGUCCCGCUCACACACGAGCCUGAGCCCAUCCAGGACCCGUAUUAUAUGGAGCCAGCGUAUUCAAACCCCCAUACACCUCAGCAGUCUGAUGGUUAUGGAAGGGACACUUUUCAGGAUCCCUCGUAUCACGUUGAGCCUCUACGGCUGAGUAGGAACUCCCGAAGCCAGGAGCUAGUCGCGCCUCAUGAGCAAUUCCAUUCGCCAAACGGAUACAGUGACUCGCAAAGCCCGUAUGACCAUCAGUAUUCAUCACAUGGUCGAAGGGCAAGUGCGAUGCAGCCUACGGUGGAAGACGAAGACGACCUGCCGCCACCACCACCAGUGCACAGGAAAGGUGCGAACACUCUGCCGCAACCGCAGCAUCAGCCUCAAGACUAUCGUAGCGACGCACCCGCACCGUUGAAUAUGUCGCGGUACAGGGAGGAACCAAGCCAGUACGGCUACGAUCCAACCCCACAGCCUUACGGGGCGAAUGAAUACGGUCAAGUCGUAACGCAAGAGCGCCGGUAUACACAUCCACGCCCCGUGAGUCGACCGGUGUCCCGGGAUACCAUGGCACCCUCACCGUUGCGGAACGAGACAGCCAUGAUCCCAGCAAGUCUGGUCCCUGGACUUGCCGCACGGCAGAGUAGAGAUUUGAGUGCCUAUCAAGCACCGCCGCCUUCAUACGAUGAUCCACCACGCACGAGGCAGCUAUCUGAGCCGGACUACCGAAACCUUCCGCAAUAUGAUGCACCCUCACGGCCGCAUCCAUUGACUUAUCAUUCCGCGCCGCCAGAAGACCCUUACUAUCCUCAUGCACCGCCAGAAGAGCCCCGCCGGAGGUCACCUGUACGUGAGCUGACCCCCGUCAAGCCUCGUGCUAUCAGCCCUUCGAUCAGCCCUGCGAAUGCUCACAGUCCGGUCCAUGAUCGCUCAUCGCGCCUGCCUCAGCGGAGCAUGCCAACCCGCAAGUCGGUCUCGCCUCGGCCACCUCCUUCAUCCGACGGGAUUCAAGAGCGUCGCUUGUCGGGCGUGCCUUUCGAUCCGGACAGUUUCGACGUGUAUAAUCCGAAUGCUAAGCCUUCCUCCUCGGACCCUGAUCGCCCCGGCAGCAGUAUGGAGAUGAACGACCAAGGCCAGGUUGUCACGUUUAGUGGACGUGUCAUCGAUGCCUCAGAUCACCUCCCCAUAGACAGCUGGGCCCCCGAGCCAGAGCGCAAGCCCACUGAAAAAGUCCGCCCGGUGCGUUCACGGGCUGCUCUCAACGGAGCACGGGACCUCGAAGCAGCUGCACAGCGCGAGGAACGGUAUCGUCGAGAACGCGCAGACCGCGAGCGCAUCCGGCAGGCGACCGACGUGACGUUCGGCUCCGCCGCCAGCAGCAGCCCCAGCAACGCCCUCGUGACGUCCCGCCACAACUUCAACGAGUACAACUCGCCCGUCAAUGCAGGCGCUUUAGUCCUCGCCGACCGCGACGCAACGCCCCCUUCUAGCAGUCGCAACCGCCUCCAGAAGCGCAGCAACGGCACUCACGCCCGCACAGCGUCCGCAUACGACUACGACUCUCCGCCCGCACACUCGCCGAGCAGCAUCCCCAUGCCAAACACGAAUGUCCUGCGCGAGAGGGAGAACGUCGGCGGGUACGGGAGUAGUCCUGGGUAUGGCGCGCGGCACUCCGGUGCUGCUGCGCCGCCUAUUCCGGCGAAGAUUCCGCUGGAGAAUGAGGAUGUGGCACUUAGUUUGGAGCUGCAGAGUAUUGAUAUUGGGGCUGGUGGGGGUGCGGGUGCGGGGAGGAGAGUUAGGGGUGAGGAGGGGUUAUGGGUUUUAAAGAAGAGCAGUAUGGUAAUAUUAAUUGAGUGGUAG